UGUCUGUGCCCCCCAAGACCCAUGUUUCUGCUUUUCUUUUUUUUGUAUAGCAGCCAGGGCUGGGUUGUAACCUGCCACCCCCAGUGCAUGAGCUGAUGCUCUAACCACUGAACUACAGGCGCCCAACCAAAGGCCCAUGCAUGUUUCUGGACAGAGGGAGAGCCCAGAGGGCAGUGAUUGGCACUCAGGGGUCUAACCCAGAGGUUGCCCUGUGCAGACAGCUCAGAAUCAUAGCCAGCCCCCCUGCAGCCCUCACUCACCCUGUGCCACCAGAGAAACAGCCACUGUGCACCAGGCACUUCACCUCUCUCCAUCAGCCCUGGGUGGUGGCAGUGACUAGGCCCCUUUCACACUCGUACAUUUCACAACCUUUACUGAGUGCCAACCAUGUGCCCAACACCAUUCCAGAUUUGCAUGGAAGGGAAUCUGCAGUCUGUGCCCCCAGGAAGCCACCUUCUAGGAGAGGGCACAAAGACACAGAGUUUGGCCCUGGUAACGUGGGGUUCAAGCCCAGGUUUGAGGCUCAGUGCUCUGCUAUCCCAGACACAGCAUGCUGUCUCCCAAAGACCAAGUGAUUCUCUUAGUCCAAGCCUCAUCAGCACUCCUGGGAUGAUGGGACAAGGCAGGCACCAGGCAACCACGAGGCCCAAAGAGACAUCACAACUUGCUCAAGGUAGCUGAGCCUGUCCCCUGGAGGACAGGACCAGCUUCCAGGCCUGUCCAGAUCAGGGGGCCACAAAGAAUCAGAAUCAGUUCACAUUGCGCCUCCCAGCAGUCCCGGUGGGAGUCAGCAGGAGGGAGAGGUGUGUUAGACUUCACCCAGAGAAAGCAUGUCCGUGGCUCAGAACACUUGAGAAGGCAGGCACGGGCACAAGGCUGGGUGCACAGAAGGUCUCCAAAGCUUGCUUGGAGAUGACAGUGAAACAUCUACCUGUGUAGAUGUUAGCAAACUCCAUGCUGGCAAUUGGGUCACUGAGGCCUAGAGAGAAAAUGAGCAACCCAAGAGUGAUUGCUGGGUUAAUUCAUCCAUCUAUUUCUUCAGUCAACAAACCUUUAUUGAGCAGCGACUGUGCCAGGCGCUGUUUUAGGUGCUGGGGUUGCUUUGAUGAGCAAGACAAACUCUGCCCCUGUGAACCAAACUAAGCUGGACCCCAGGGUGGGAUAGGGGGUGAGUGGUCCAGCCAACAGGACACUACUUUCUGCUCCCCUCAGGGGGGCACCACACAAAACAGUCUGCAAAGCACGCCCACCUAUAUGUUCACAGGGACAAGCCUUCAUCUCCCAGCCCAACUCCUUCCUCUCCUUGUCCUUUGGAUGGCAUGUGCCCUGAACAUAAUUCAGGUUGGGAGAGUGGGGGCUUUACACCUUUGAGUGACUUCAUGUGUCCCUUUGCACAUCCUGCCCAAGACCCACCACUUCUGCCCCCUCAGCUCUCCCUGGAUCCACUGAAUCCCAGGUGGAACUAUCCUCUGGGCUCCAAGGACCUGGAGGAAGAGGACCCAUGGGGAGGGGGCUCUGGCCUGCCACCCACUGGCUGCUUCCCUGGUUCCUGGCACCAGGAUGUGGGCCUGGACUGCAAGGGUGCCCCCGAAGGGGCCAAGGCCCGGGCCUGGACUGCCUACUACUACCACCUCCUGCAGAGCUGUCUGCAGCAAGCUGGCCUUCCGGAGACCCAGGACCGCAGCCAGGUGCCCCGCACAGGCUGUCCUGGGGCAGAGGUGACCUUGUGCAUUCUGGGAUCCCCAAGCACUUUUCUGUCCGUGCUGCUGGAGGGUGGGGUCCAGAGCCCGGGAAAUAUGCUCCUUUGCUUGUCCUCUGCGUGGCUGAUGAAGGUGCCAGCACCCGGGCAGCCGGGUGAGGCAGCCCUACUGGUCUCCAAGGCUGUGAGCUUCCACCCAGGGGGUCUGACGUUCCUGGAUGAUUUUGUCCCCCCACGCCGUGUAACCUACUUUUUGGCAGGCAUGGGGCAGGGGCCUGGCCGGGGCAGGGAGGCUGCAGAACUUGCCCGUGACCUGACCUGCCCCACAGGAGCUUCAGCCGAGCUGGCCCGGCUGCUGGAGGACCGGCUGCUGACCAGGCAGUUGUUGGCCCAGCAGGGCAGUGUGGCAGUGCCAGCCACCCUGGCUUUUAUUUACAAGCCGCUGGGGCUGCUGCAGGAAGGGGACACCAGCCCAGGCCUACGAUUGGUAGAGCUGAGUGGCAAAGAGGGCCAGGAAACGCUGGUGAAAGAGGAAGUAGGGGCCUUUCUGCACUCCGAGGCCCUGGGUGAUAUCCUGCAGGUGGCUGUGAAGCCAAGUGGCUGGCGCUGGCGGGGGCGGCAGGCAUUGCAUCUGCACCAGCGGGUAGAGCCAGGAGCAGUGGUGGACACUGUGUUGGUGCUGCUGGAGCAGCUGGAGGAGGAAGAGAGCAUCCUGGUGGAGGCUGUGUGCCCACCUGCCCAGCUGCCCUUCCCAGGCAGCCCCUCACCUGGGCCUGAGCUGGCUGUGCGUAUCUGUGCUGUGGUGUGUCGGACACAGGGCGACAGACCCCUGCUAAGCAAAGUGGUAUGCAGUGUGGGCCGCGGGGAUAGGCCAUUGCGACACCAGAACUCCCUGCCGAGGACAUUGGAAGUGGCACUGGCCCAGUGCGGCCUAGGCGAGGCGGCGCAGGUGGCGGUCUUGAGGCAGCGCGUCAAGGCUGCGGCUGAAGACGCGCUGGCCGCGGUGCUGGCCCUGGAGGCCGGCCUGAGUGCCGAGCAGCGAGGUGGGCGCUGGGCCCGCAUUGACUUCCUUGGGGUGGACUUCGCGCUGACAGUUGCCGGCCGCGCGCUGACCCCCGUGGCCCUGGAGCUGAACGGCGGCCUGUGCUUGGAGGCGUGCAGCGCACUCGAGGGGCUGUGGGCCGCGGGCCGCCUGGGACCGGCGGCCGACGAUGCAGCAGCCGCGCCGCUGGUGGAGACCAUGCUCCGGCGCUCGGCGCACUACCUCAUGGAGGGCAAGCAGCUGCUGGUGAUCGGCGCGGGCGGCGUCAGCAAGAAGUUCGUGUGGGAGGCGGCGCGCGACUACGGGCUCAAGCUGCACCUGGUGGAGUCAGACCCCAACCACUUUGCAUCCCAGCUGGUGCAGACCUUCAUCCACUUUGACUUGACGGAGCACCGGAAGGAUGAGGAGAAUGCAAGGCUGUUGGCUGAGCUGGUGCGGGCGCGUGGCCUGCAGCUGGAUGGCUGUUUCUCCUAUUGGGAUGACUGCCUGGUGCUCACAGCACUGCUCUGCCAGGAGCUGGGUCUGCGCUGCAACCCCCCAGCUGCCAUGCGGCUGGCCAAACAGAAGAGCUGCACCCAGCUGCACCUGUUAGACUGCCAUGGCCCACCCUGGCCUGCACCCUCCCUUCAUGCUGUGGCCUGCUGCCCGCUGGAGAGUGAGGCUGACAUGGAGAGGGCUGUCCACCAGGUUCCCCUGCCAGGUGUCAUGAAGUUGGAGUUUGGGGCAGGUGCAGUGGGAGUGCGGCUGGUGGAGGAUGCGCCACAGUGCCAUGAACACUUUUCCAAGAUCGCCCGAGACUUGCAGGGUGAGGCCGACCACCCAGGCAUUGGGCUGGGCUGGGGCAAUGCCAUGCUACUGAUGGAGUACGUGGAGGGCACUGAACACGAUGUGGACCUGGUGUUGUUUGGUGGGCGGUUGCUGGCUGCCUUUGUCUCUGACAAUGGCCCCACGAGGCUGCCUGGCUUCACUGAGACAGCUGCCUGCAUGCCUACUGGGCUGGCACCGGAGCAGGAGGCGCAGAUGGUGCAGGCAGCAUACCGCUGUUGCCUGGGCUGCGGGCUGCUUGAUGGGGUCUUCAACGUGGAGCUCAAGCUGACAGGGGCUGGGCCUCGGCUCAUCGAGAUCAACCCCCGCAUGGGCGGUUUCUACCUACGCGACUGGAUUCUGGAACUCUAUGGUGUGGAUCUGCUGCUGGCUGCUGCUAUGGUGGCCUGUGGCCUGCGGCCGGCCCUGCCCACCCACCCACGUCCCCGUGGCCACCUGGUAGGUGUCAUGUGCCUGGUGUCCCAGCACCUGCAGGCCCUGAGUUCCACUGCCAGCCAUGAGACCCUGCAGGCCCUACACGACCAGGGCCUGCUGCGUCUCAAUAUGCUAGAGGAGGCCCUGGUGCCUAGAGAGUAUGAGGAACCCUACUGCAGCGUGGCAUGUGCUGGGCCUAGCCCUGCUGAGGCCCGCCUCCGCCUGCUGGGCCUCUGCCAGGGCCUGGGCAUUGAUGGGCCCAACUACCCUGUUGCCCACUUCUUGUCUCACUUCAAAUAACGCUGGGGCCAGGAGGCAGGGGUGCAGUGCCGGGAAAGGGCUGUGGUGCCCUCUGCUCCCUGUGCUUUCCCCAGUCCCAGUCUGGCCCACUCUGACACCUUAGAUCUGUUCCAGAGCAGCAGGUCCAUUUGGCAUCAAGGGUUCCUAGAUGCCAAGACCACAAAAGCAAGUAUCGGGGGACUGCUGGGGGCUUUUGUCUUUCCAAAGGCUCCAGUCCAGCUCACAGCUUUGGUAGGAGUCUAGCCUGGGAGAAGUGACAGCAGCUAUACACGCACACUACCCCCACCUCCCCAGAUGGAAGUGGGCCCAAACCCAGCCACUCUGCCCAUCCCUCCAGGUCUGUUUCUCUUCCUGCUGCCUACCAGAGGGAGAGCCUGGCUGGGCCCCUGGCCUUGGACAAAUCCCAGGAAAACUGGAAACUAAAGACCUUGUCCUUCUCUUACCCAAGUUCCAGGAUAGUGAUAGACCCUGUUGAAAAUUUUCAUCAAUGUCCCACCUGCCUCAUUUGGCUUGAGUAGUAAAAGCAGGUGACUGUGUUCAGCAGUAAUCAUCUCCCCUCUCACCUCCAGUCAGUUGCUGUUGCCCACAUUCUACAGAUGAAACAGGCUCAGAGAGGAAAACUGAUUGCCUCAAGGUCAUACCAUAGUGGAUGGGUGGUCGUGGGACAUGAUGCAAGAUUCAGGUUCCUGGUUUUUUUUUGCAGUUUUUGGCCGGGGCCAGGUUUGAACCCACCACCUCCGGUAUAUGGGGCCAGGGCCCUACUCCUUUGAGUCACAGGCACUGCCCCAGGUUUUUGUUUUGAUUAUGUCUUCUAUGCCCACUCAGCUUUUAGGCCCUCCUCACCUCCCUCCUUCAUUCAUAAGUAGUCCUGAGAUGUGUGAAUACCUCCCUGCCACAUGCCACGCUCCUUCUCCUAGCUUCAGUGCUUUGGCCUCUAGCACGCUAACUAGCAUUGGCAGAGGAGAGUCUACACUCCCUAAUUCAGGAAAUGCUGCUUUGAGAGCUCUGUCUUUGUGCACAUAGGAGCUAUGAGCAGUUCCCUAAGCAUUCCUACCCAAAUAAAGGCUUGUGGAUUAGUGAAGUGUCCGGAGUCUGGGAUAGGUUCUCUUGAUUGGACAAUUCUUCCCAGGCUCAGACAGAUAGAGAGUAAGGGAGGGUGAAGGGAGAGGUGAGUAGAGGAUACCUAUAGCAUCUGGAGCUGAGGGGAAACCACCUCGCUGUCCAGACACCUGUCCUGCCCUACACCUACAUCAGGACCCAACCUGACGAUCUCCUUAGGUCUUUUGGUGGAAUUACAACCAGAGUGCUUCAGCCAACCACAUACCCCUCAACCUGCUUAAAGACCCCUAAAUUUUGUCCAUCUGAGUUCAUACCCAGCCUUCCUUGUGUAACCUGAAUGCACAUCUACACAGCCUCCAGCAAUCAGAACUCACACCCUCAAGCUCUGGUCUGCCCGAAUUUACCCCUACAUAGUUCCAACCAACAAGAAUCCAGGCCUAAUCUAAAGCCCUAGACCAAGACUGCAUGUGUGGAACAUGCCUGUAGUCCCAGCAACUUGGGAAGCUGAGGCAGGAGCAUAUCUUGAGCCCAGAAGUUCAAAUGAGCUAUGAUUAUGCCUCUACACUCCAGCUUGGGUGACAGUGAGGUGGGAUAGGAAACCCCCUGAAAUCAUCCCUUGCCCUUGCUUGAAAGAAGGAAGUAAAGUAGCUAAAAUAAAAAUUAAGGAACAAGAGCAGCCACCAGUGUGGCACUGCAAUUAUUGCCUGACCCAUUGUUCAGAGUAAAAUUGUUUUCUUACCCAGACUUGUGAUCUGUGACUGCUGUAACUACAAGUGCUGUAAUGCUUUUUGCUUCUGUAACCGAUGACGGAAAGUCGGUUGCUUGCUUGCUGGCUGGACUGCACGUAACCCCCUGAUAGUAUAAAUAAUUUACCCUAUAUAAAUCCUUCCCUUCUCAUGGCCUGUGCUAUUCCCUCUGUAUCCACAUAGAAGGACAGUCAGUUGGCCAACCUAAUAAAGACUCCUAAAAUUGGCUUUAAUUAAUC